AUGUCUUCUACACUCUCAGCCCGCACAUCCUUGAACCUCAAAGUUCUCCGCCGACACGACCCCUCGAUCGUCACCAUCCUAGAGACAGCUUCUUUCGUUGUACUUUACAAUUACAACGAUGGUGAAUGGACAAAGACUGGUGUUGAAGGACCUCUCUUUCUAUUUCGACGUCGCGUACCGCCUUACAACGGCUUCUUUCUGAUGAACCGGAAUGGAGUUGAGAACUUUUCAGCCGACAUUACACCAGACGACGACUUGGAGAUCACGCCAGAGUUCAUCAUCUACCGACCGGAAACGAGCAACGAAGUGUAUGGAAUCUGGGUGUUCGAAGCAAAUCAGAGGAUGUUUGUUGGCGACAAGCUGCUCAAGUUGCAGCAGAUGAUGGAUGGACCGAGUGAGGAGGAGCUAAAGCAGGCGGAGAGCGCGGAAGCUGAGUCAAAGUCUGUGGCUGCGGGAGACGAAAAGCAGACUGCAUCCACAGCCGUGGUGGCGGCAGGUCAGAAAAGUGCGAAGGACGCAGAGGGUAAAGCAGUCAAGACCAAGGCGAAUGGGAAGCCAAAGAAAAAUGCAAAGCAGGUGGCAGGAAAAAGCAACGAUGAGGAUGCAAGCGCGCGGGCAACAGCAGUAUCAACGACCGAUGUAACAGUGGACAGCGUGGAAGGCACACAGAUCAACCUCGAUGAUCUCUUCGGUACCCCUGCUGUACCGGCACAGUUUGAGACCGACGCAGCUGAACCUUUGUCGGAACCAGUCACGGAAAGCGCCUCAAAAGGAGCCGAGUCAAACGACGCUUCGUUACUUGACUCUCUUUUCCAAAAGGCUUCUCUCGACACUCGCAUUGCCAAUACCACCAAUACCACCGCUGAAGCGUCGAAAGCGUCUGCUCCCGAGCCAACAGAUCACUCGCAGAACCUUCUGGCCCUUCUAAGCAGCGCCACUGCCGCAUCGACAAAACCAUCUUCAACUCCACCCCCGAACUGUGCUUCUAAUCCGCCAUCCACCGAAAAGACAACACAAGCAGUGCGCACGUCGUCAUCCUCGCCAGCGCCGCCCAAAUCGGGACCCAAAAUGUCCGAGCUGAUCGAACAAGCCAUUCGCGACCACAUCGGUUUGGGCGACGACAACCAGCCGCUGUCCAGACGAGAAUUCGUCACAGAGCUGCUCAGUAUGAUUCACACGAAUCCGGACUUUGUUAGGCAGCUGUAUGACGGCUAUCUUUCGCGCGUCUCGUAG